CACAAAACCAAUCAGGGAUAAUUCAGUAAUUUGAAAUUUCACGUCUCUAUAGUUUUUCUGAAUCAAUCCUCAUCGAAAAGCCAAGGUUAGGGAGGACUCGAACUCCAAGCUUUGUCGACCAGGAACUUGAAAAUGGAUGCACAGGAUUCAGAAGAUCCGAAACAGAGCACUGCAGAUAUGACAGCUUUUGUCCAAAAUCUUCUUCAGCAGAUGCAAUCUAGGUUCCAGACAAUGUCCGAGUCCAUCAUUACGAAGAUCGAUGAGAUGGGCAACAGGAUAGACGAGUUGGAACAGAGCAUCAAUGAUCUCAGAUCCGAGAUGGGCAUAGAGGCCUCUGCUCCUUCAGUUCCUUCCAAGCCAAAAGAUGAACCCAAGACAGGCAAUGAUCCAUCUUAA